AUGAACGGAGACCACGGCUGGACCGCCCCGGUGGACGUGCACCCCGACAGCGAGCUGUCCGAGUGGUCCGCAGCCAUGGUUUCCAGCCGGCCGGGGGGCGGCCACACUCUGGCCUCAGAGCGCGUCCAGUCCAACGAUGGGCACGAGGAAAUCAUCAAGGUGUACCUCAAGGGCAAGGGUAGAGAAAAAUUGGUCCACGAGAAGAAUAUCGAUCAGCUGAAGAGCGAGGUCCAGUACAUCCAGGAGGCCAGGAGCUGCCUGCAGAAGCUGCGUGAGGACAUGAGCAGCAAGCUGGAAGAAAGGCCCAGUGAGCUUACACAGGUGGAAGACCUGGGUGAAGACACAGAGACCCUCCGGAUGGCGGCCAAAACGUUACUCGCUCAGCUGCAGGAGGUGGAACGGAGGCAUCAGGCUGAAAGGCUGACUUUCGAGGCCACGCUGAGCCGCUACCAACGGGAGGCAGAGGAGGGUGCGGCGGCGCUUCUCAGGGCUCGGGACGGCAGCGAGGGAUGCCACUUGGAGAUCCGCAGGCUCAGGCAGCGCCUGGCGGAGAUGGAGGAGGAGCGGCAGAGCCUCGUGGCCAAAGUGCGGGAGGGCGAGGAGGCCCUGGAGGAGCUGCGUGGCCACAACGUCCAGAACCGGGCCGAGCUGGAAAGGGCGGCCACACUGGAGCAGGAGGUGUCCGGCCUUCGGGAGAAGAUCCACCACCUGGAUGACAUGCUGAAGAGCCAGCAGCGCAAAGUCCGCCAGAUGAUCGAGCAGCUCCAGAACUCUAAAGCCGUGAUUCAGACGCGGGACGCCACCAUCCAGGAGCUGAAGGAGAAAGUGGCGUACCUGGAAGCGGAGAAUCUGGAGAUGUAUGACCGCUUGGAGCACCUGAUUGAGAAGCAAGCGGCCGCCACCACCGGCUCCUUCAGCGUGCAGACUCGGCCCAAGAUCGGGCACCCGGGCAGCAUCCGAAUAGCCAAGCCCCCCAGCCCGAAGCCCCUCCCCCUGAUUCGCGUGGUGGAGACCUGAGGGCCACGAGGACCCCGACACUAGGAUUACUCAGCGUUGACUCUCGACCUGCGGCUGUCCCACCCCCCAACCCCCGGUCCUCCUGCCCCUU